AUGGGCUUCGAGCAAAGCCCGCACGAGGCGGCCGUCUACCGACGGGGGAGUGGAGGAAGCACCCUGUUGGUGGUCGUCUAUGUCGACGACUUGGUGAUCACCGGCAUCAAGGAUGCAGAGGUGGCAGCGUUCAAGGAAGAGAUGAAGGCCACCUUCCAAAUGAGUGAUCUGGGGCUUCUCUCCUUCUAUCUGGGGAUCGAGGUGCACCAGGACCACUCCGGGAUCACGCUUCGGCAGACCACCUACGCCAAGCGCAUCGUUGAGCUAGCUGGGCUCACCGGAUGCAACCCAGCCCUUACUCCGAUGGAGGAGAGGCUGAAAUUGAGCCGCGACAGCACGACGGAGGAAGUGGACGCCACACAAUACCGGCGUCUUGUGGGGAGCCUUCGCUACCUCGCCCACACAAGGCCAGACUUGGCCUUCUCCGUCGGCUACGUUAGUCGUUUCAUGGAGCGACCGACGACGGAGCACCUGCAGGCUGUGAAGAGAAUCAUCCGCUACAUUGCGGGGACUCUUGACCAUGGCCUCCACUACCCUAGGUGUCCUGGGGCGGCGCUCUUCGUCGGGUACAGCGACAGCGACCACGCCGGCGACAUCAACACCAGCAAGAGCACAAGCGGGAUCCUCGUCUUCCUCGGCAAGUGCCUCGUGAGCUGGCAAUCGGUCAAGCAACAGGUGGUGGCCAUGUCCAGCUGUGAGGCUGAGUACAUAGCAGCCUCCACCGCUUGCACUCAGGCGCUCUGGCUCGCUCGACUGCUUGGUGAUCUCCUUGGUCGAGACACUAGACCAGUGCAGCUCUUGGUGGACAGCAAGUCUGCUCUGGCACUGGCCAAGAACCCCGUUUUUCAUGAACGGACAAGCACAUUCGGUUGA